AUGCCGAAUCAAAACGAAGAACCAACGCGUGAAUAUUUGCUAUGGAAAAAAGUAUUUAGCGACAGGCUUAGUUUACUCAACCAAGCAAAAAAUAACCAAAAAAGGUAAGAGUUUUCUAAAAACAUCCUUAAUUUCCGUUGAUUAAUUUUUGAGAAAAGUGAUUUUGCAGAAUUCGAGAAUUUUUAGCUCUUACAAAGUUAGAGAAUUCAAAGAAAUUACAACAACAAAAUGAAGAUUCGGAUGUAAUGGAGACAUCAAACAAAGGGCUGAUUGAAGUUGAUGGUGCACCAUUGAAUAGUUCAGCAAGUGAUGAUGGAAAUGAUUCAGGGCUAAAUCUAAGACAGCCAGAAAAUGAUCGAGAAAUGAAUGAUGCACCGCAAAGUGGUGACAAGAAUAUUGAAGUAAGAGAUGUGAAUUUUUUGGGAUCAGCUAUCUUUUAUUUUUAUUGUCAAUUCGAAAAUCUAUGUAAGAGACGCUGCUUUUCUUUUCAGAUUAACAAAAUUAAUUGUUUCUUAUUUUCGCGUUUUUUCGAUCAAAAACUAAUAUGAGCAAUUCUGUCAUAAAUCAUUACUAUUUUAUCAAAUCAUUGCUCAUAUUAGCUUUUCGUUCCGAAGUCUCCAAAAUUCAAUAUAAGAUUUAAAUAUUUGCAGGAAGUUGACAUUUUUAGUGAUAAUGGAACUAUAAGAACUGGAGAAUCUGAAGAAUCGUCUUCAACAAGUUCACAAUCGCGUUUUGGAAUCGAUUGGGCAAAAUGGUUUCCACGUGUAACAUCGCGCACAUUUUUGUCGCAUUAUUUGCCAGCUUCUGGUGCCGUAUCUCAUACACUUUAUACAAUUCAUCUUUUCAGUCCAAACAUUAUUUCUCGGUUAGUUUUUGAGGGAAUUUUUGAGUGGCAGUGGAUGACUGAUUAGGAUAGAAUUUCACAAGAAAGAUUUAUUUUCCAUCAGAGAAAAUUGAGACAACUUUAGAAAUUCAAAACAAUCUAAAAAAUUAACAGUCGUUCUGAUCCAAAAAAACAAAAGAAUACCUAAUUACUUCUCCCCCCCCCUUUUUUUCCCCCGAAAAGAAACUUCAAUAAACCAUUCUAAUUUAAUUGCAGUUUGUUCCCAAAUGGCGGCGAUCUUGUUUUCAGUAAUGCAAUUCUGUUAAAUGCCAACGUGGCUCUCGGUUUCUACGUAUAUUUCAGAAGACAUUUUCAUUGUAUCAAUCCAUGGGAAAGAGUCGAAUUCAGUGUUUUGUCAUCGACUCUUUUUAAUUGCGUUAGUUUGCCUGCUGCCAUUUUGUUCAAAGCCAUUUUCCCGUGAGUUAUCGAGUUCUUAUUGAAGAAUAUAAACACAUUUUCAAAACGAACAUUCAUUUCAGAACACAAACUUGGCUCAAAACAAUGUUUGCAACAUCGCUCAGUGUCUAUCUUUUGUCAAGAGCUUAUCGUUAUUUGUGGCUUUUGGAUGCGGAAAGUUCCAGAUCUUCUGUUUUGCCAUUGUUAUGA